GCCAUCCCUAUACGAUAUGCAUAACACACCUUACGACAGUUACUAGAUCUAUAAAUGUAUCUACGCUACAUAUACAAGAACCUCUGGUAAGAGAAAAUUAACUAGAGAUCAAACCAUGGCAUCAGCACCAUCAACUCCCUAUGUAGUAAUCUUCCCUUUCAUGGCUUACGGCCACACUCUUCCAUUACUGGACCUCUCGAAAGCUCUCUCCCACCGGAAAAUCAAGGUGUCCAUCAUCACAACUCCAUCAAAUGCAAAAUCAGUUGCCCAACACCUAGCAAACUACCAAGAUAUAGACUUGAUUGAAAUCCCAUUUCCCACCAUCGAUGGCCUUCCUCAAGGUUGUGAAAACACCUCCCAACUUCCAUCCAUGGCUUUCUAUGUCCCUUUCCUCAUGGCCACCAAAAAACUCCAAACCCCUUUCGAACAAGUCCUACAAGGAAUGAGGGAAUCCAAAUCCCUUCCCAUUUGUGUCAUCUCUGACUUCUUUUUGGGUUGGACUCUCUCUUCAUGCAGAUCCUUUGGGGUCCCUAGGUUGGUUUUUCAUGGCAUGGGGGUCUUAUCAAUGGCUAUAUCCAAAGCUGUGUGCGUGCACAUGCCACACACGAAGGGGAAGUCGGUUUUCGACCCCAUAGAGUUGCCAGGUCUCAAGCUUCCCUUUGAUCUAAGUGUCUCGGAAUUACCUGCUCAACUCAUUCAAGCAACUGAUGAGAAGGACCCUUUUUCUCAAUUCAUAGACGCUGUGGGAGAAGCUGACAUCAAUAGUUGGGGGGUUAUUGUGAACAGCUUUGAGGAGAUAGAGAGCGGAACUGUUUCUUCAUUUGAAGCUUUCUAUGAAAAUGGAGCUAGAGCUUGGUGUUUGGGACCUUUGCUGUUGUAUGACAAAGUUGAAGGUGUUGAGAAACACAUCAGCCACAACCAACCCAGCAAGUUAAUGCAAUGGCUCAAUGACCAAGUGACUCUAGGCUCUGUGCUAUAUGUCUCGUUCGGCACGCAAGCAGACUUGUCAGAUGCUCAACUUGAUGAAGUCGGCUUGGGCUUGGAGGAGGCUGGGGUUCCAUUUUUAUUGGUGGUUCGAUCAACCACGUGGUCUCCAACAAAUGGACUUGAAGAGAGGAUGAAAGGUAAGGGAUUGAUAGUAAGGGAAUGGGUUGACCAGCGCCAAAUACUAUCACACCGAGCAGUCGGAGGGUUUUUUAGUCACUGUGGUUGGAACUCAGUGCUUGAAAGUAUAUCAGCCGGAGUGCCAAUCUUGGCUUGGCCUAUGAUAGCUGAGCAGUCUUUGAAUGCCAAGCUUAUUGCCGAAGGACUUGGGGCUGGACUUGGCAUUAGAAAGAGCCAUGAUUUGGGGUCAGGAAUUGAGGUUUCGAGGCAGGCAGUUUGUGAAGGAGUGAGAGAAUUGAUGGAAGGACAGAAGGGAAGGGAUGCAAGGGAGAGAGCACAAGCUUUGGGAAGAGUAGCUUGGCGUGUGGUUCAAGAAGGUGGUUCGUCCAAUCAAGCCCUACAAAAUCUUAUUGACCAACUAUGUGCAUGUUAUGCUCAAUAGAUUAGAUUAGUUCGUCUUAUCCAAAUCUCAAUUCCGAGAAAUAAAAAACCUCAUUGGAGGAUAUGGAAGUGUACACAUGUGUGCAACAUACUAAAAUGAUUCUCGAUUCUCUUAUGUUAUUCGAUUGGAAAUUUGAAUU